AUGGCCUCCACAGAGAUUGUCAAUGUGCUUGAUUCAAUUUCGCCUGAGACUUUACGCGAUGUUCUGCUUUUUGACAAUCCUGACACAUUGUCUGUGACGACUGAAUUGCAGAACAUCAACGAGCUGGCAAAGAAGCUGCGAGAUAUCGAUGAUUUUGAUCUUCAGACACAGUUCGACAAUGUCGUUCGCACCAUCAAAUCUCUCAGCGAUGUGGUCAUCAAAUACAUUACAAGAUCUGCAACGAAAGUGAAUAAAGAAGGAAAGGUUGUGGUACUUGACGAUCAUCUGCAGCCAAUUUUCAACGUUUUGAAUGCAUUUGUAAUUCGCUUAAGGCGUCGAGAGCUACAGAAUGACAAAGAUCUGGUUCGGUGGUUACCGUUUGUGGUCACAGCGUGCUACUUUAUUGAUAAGCGAGAGUUUUCUAGUGUUGAUCUUAUCCAAAGUCUUAAAAUUGCUGAGGAAACGCUGGAUGAGGCUGUGAAGCUCACAAAAGCUGAAGAUCGAACGUGUUUAAUAGCAAAAUACGCCUCGCAGAUUGUGGCACUAUGCUCGCAAGACGUGAAGAAGGAGGAAUGGGUGGCGGAAGCGUCGAUCAACAAGAAGAUUAUGCUGCAAUUGGUAGAAGAAAUACCAUUUCCGUAUUUGGGCGGGGAUCUACUCGGCCGUCUGCUGGCGCUCACGUUUCCGCUUGUGGAUGAUCUGAUAGACUCAACGCAGCUCAUUGGUGCACGUAUGCUGCGUCAUAUUGUACAUAAUGUCACACUAACAGAGCUACGAUGGUAUUCAGAUGUAUUGCUGGAGGUGCUUCAUACUGCACUCGUUUCUCGCAAGCCACAAACGCUUGACGUGUUACUUGACUGUCUCGUAGAAUCGCUUGACAAGGUAUCUGCUGCUGGCAACGUUCAGCAUUACGAUCGAUUUAUACCUCGUCUACUCCGCGACACGAGUCUUUGCACUGAUGUUUCUAUCCGGGUGGUUUUCGUCCGACAUUUGCAAGUUCUGAUUGUUCGCCAAGGCGCCCCACACAGCCUUAAUGCAAUUCGAUAUCUACAACCAUUACUGAAAGUAUUGAUUGCAGGCUUUGAGAGUGUCAAUGUUACUUUUUUGGUCACAACACUUGAAGCGCUACAAGCGACUGUACUUGCUACAUGGCCUCGCAUUGCAUCCCACACUGAGCAAAUACUGGUUGGUGUUCUACGUGCUGUGGCGUUCUGCGAGAUCUUCGAUGAUUGUGCAGAAUUUACACCCUCCAACGAUGAAAAAGCGCAGAUACUUGCGCUCUGUGAAGACGUUGUAGACCUGUUACACAAGGUCAAUGCUGGCAAUUUAGCUGUGAGCAAUAUGCUUAUCAAAGUGGGCAACCAGGUUCCCAAGUUGUCGCCGUUUUGCAAUCGAAUGCAGAAGAAAUGGAAAUCUGGAUAG